UCACACAGUAUUAAAGGGAGGUAACUAACAUAAGCCACUCUCCAAUGUUGUGAGGUUCCAGCCAUGAAUAUCUGAAAUUAACCAAGUUGUUAAUAAAUCUGUGAUUGUUAGAAUGGUACAAAAAAACACCGUUGCCUGUUUGUUCUUGAUCAUCACACUUCUACAACUCAUUCUUCAGACUUCUUCAAAAGAAUAUGUCUUCAGACAGUAUAAAUUCAGGAAAAAGCGAGAUGACAAACACUAUCGACAUGCUAAAAGUCAGUGUGAGACGUCAUCUCAUUGCCAGAAGUUGCUUACACGUCCCUUGGAUCACACCCGCUGUGUACGACUGUGUAUUUCUGAGAAAUGUUACAAUGAAUUGUAUGGCCAUGAUGAAUUGGAAGAAGGUGAAAUUGAUGUUCGAUUGAAUUCCUUCAAAGGUUGUUACUUCUUAGAUUUACGAAGUAGAGAGAUGUGAACAUUCCUUUUUAAUGAUUUCUAGUUUUGUAAUAAAGCUGAAUCAAGCAUUUAAACAUU